CAAAAGUUUUUGCGAGGAACGCAUCUGCAAAAGCAAAUACUAGCCGCAAUGCAACAUCAUCGUUGCUGUAUAUAAGUAGCCAGCUAAAGCCAACAAACAAACCAGAGAAAUAAGAUGGCCGCAGCAGCAAGCAGCAUGGUCGGGGAGGAGCGGUGGAGCCUGGCUGGCAAGACCGCGCUUGUCACUGGAGGAACCAAAGGGUUGGGGCGCGCGAUCGUGGAGGAGCUCGCCGGGUUCGGCGUCCGCGUGCACACCUGCGCCCGGAGCGACGCCGACCUACGGGAGCGCCUGCGCGGAUGGGACACCGACGUCGACGCCGGCCGGCUGCGCGCGCGUGUCACUGCCUCCGCCUGCGACGUCUCCGUGCGAGCCGACAGGGAGGCGCUGAUGGCCACGGCUCGCACCGAGCUAGGCGGGAAACUGGACAUCCUCGUCAACAACGCAGGCCAGAUAAUGUUCCGCCCCGCCAUGGAAAUAACGCCGGAGGACUACGCGCGCCUCAUGGCCAUCAACCUCGACUCCUGCUUCCACCUCUCCCAGCUCGCGCUCCCGCUGCUCCUCCUCGCCGGCGGCGGAGCGGUGGUCAACGUGUCCUCCAUCAGUGGCCUCAUCGCGUACCCGCAGCUUUCGGUCUACUCGGCGACCAAGGGCGCCAUGAACCAGCUCAGCCGGAGCCUUGCCGUUGAGUGGGCGCGCGACGGCAUCCGCGUCAACUGCGUCGCACCGGGGGGCAUCCGGACGGACCUCGUGAGCAGCAGUGGCAUCCAUCUUGACGCGGAGACGGCUCGGAAGCUCGGCGAGACAGAGAGCGCGCGCGUCGCCUUGGGACGCAUGGGCGAGCCCGAGGAGGUGGCGUCGCUCGUGUCGUUCCUGUGCAUGCCGGCCGCGUCGUACAUCACCGGGCAGGUCAUCUGCAUCGACGGUGGCCGCACAAUAGCUGCCUAGACUUGGAUUUCAUGGCUGGCUGCCACGGCUCCAUUAAACUGUUUCAUUACCCGUGUGCGGCUGGUAAAAAUAAGCACCUUCCUUCCAUCUUAAGUUCUAACACAUACCGAAAUGAGCGACAUGCAUGUGAACUCAACCAAUACGCUGAGCUUUAUUGUUCUGACUAGCGAUGUAAACGCAAUAACGCAUCUGUAUUAACUGUUUUAA